AUGCGGCUCUGGAGUUGGGUGCUGCGCCUGGGGCUGCUGAGCGCCGCGCUGGGCUGCGGGCUGGCCGAGCGCUCCCGCCGGGCCCGGAGAGACCCGCGGGCCGGCCGCCCUCCGCGCCCCGCCGCCGGCCCGGCCACCUGCGCCACCCGGGCGGCCCGCGGCCGCCGCGCCUCGCCGCCGCCUCCGCCGCCGGGCGGUGCCUGGGAAGCCGUGCGCGUCCCCCGGCGGCGGCAGCAGCGGGAGGCGAGGGGCGCCGCCGAGGAGCCGAGCCCGCCGAGCCGGGCGCUCUAUUUCAGCGGGCGAGGCGAGCAGCUGCGCCUGCGGGCCGACCUCGAGCUGCCCCGGGACGCGUUCACGCUGCAAGUGUGGCUGCGAGCGGAGGGGGGCCAGAGAUCGCCGGCGGUGAUCACAGGGCUGUAUGACAAGUGCUCUUAUACCUCACGUGACCGAGGAUGGGUCGUGGGCAUUCACACCGUCAGUGACCAAGGCAACAAAGACCCACGCUACUUUUUCUCCUUGAAGACAGACCGGGCCCGGCAAGUAACCACCAUCAAUGCCCACCAAAGCUACCUCCCUGGCCAGUGGGUAUUCCUAGCUGCCACCUACGACGGGCGGCUGAUGAAGCUCUAUGUGAAUGGUGCCCAGGUGGCAACCUCUGGGGAUCAGGUGGGUGGCAUAUUCAGCCCAUUGACCCAGAAGUGUAAAAUACUUAUGUUGGGGGGCAGCACCCUGAAUCACAACUACCGGGGCUACAUUGAGCGCUUCAGUCUGUGGAAGGUGGCCAGGACCCAGCGGGAAGUCCUGUUGGACAUGGAAACCCAUGGCCUCCACACGCCUCUACCUCAGCUCCUCCUACAGGAGAACUGGGACAAUGUGAAGCGCACCUGGUCCCCCAUGAAGGAUGGCCACAGCCCACAGGUGGAGUUCAGCGGUGCCCACAGCUUCCUGCUGGACACCAGUUUGGAGCCCCCUCUGUGCGGGCAGACUUUGUGUGACAAUGCACAAGUCAUCGCCAGCUACAACCAGCUGCCGCGCUUCCGCCGGCCCAAGGUGGUGCGCUACCGUGUGGUCAACCUCCAUGACGACGGCCAGGAGAACCCCACGGUGAGCCGCCAGCAGAUCGAGCUCCAGCACCAGCAGUUGGCCGAGGCCUUCCAGCCCUACAACAUCUCCUGGGAGCUGGAGGUGCUGGAGGUGAGCAACUCCUCCCUGCGCCGCCGCCUCAUCCUGGCCAACUGUGACAUCAGCAAGAUCGGGGACGAUAACUGCGACCCCGAAUGCAACCACACACUGACAGGCCACGAUGGCGGGGACUGCCGCCACUUACGCUACCCUGCCUUCCUGAAGAAGCAGCAGAACGGGGUGUGUGACAUGGACUGUAACUAUGAACGGUUCAACUACGAUGGUGGUGAGUGCUGUGAUCCCGACAUCACGGAUGUCACCCAGACCUGCUUCGAUCCUGACUCUCCACACAGAGCGUACUUGGAUGUUAAUGAACUGAAGAACAUUCUUAGACUGGAUGGAACUACACACCUCAAUAUCUUCUUUGCAAACUCCUCGGAGGAGGAAUUGGCAGGAGUAGCCACUUGGCCAUGGGACAAGGAGGCCCUAAUGCCCUUAGGUGGCAUCGUCCUGAACCCAUCUGUCUAUGGCAUUCCUGGGCACACCCACACCAUGAUCCACGAGAUCGGGCACAGCCUGGGCCUCUAUCACAUCUUCCGAGGCAUCUCAGAAAUCCAGUCUUGCAGUGACCCCUGUAUGGAGACCGAGCCCUCCUUUGAGACGGGAGACCUCUGCAGUGACACCAACCCAGCCCCCAAAUACAAGUUCUGUGGUGACCCAGGGCCAGGAAACGACACCUGUGGCUUUCAUAGCUUCUUCGACACUCCUUACAACAACUUCAUGAGCUAUGCAGACGACGACUGCACUGACUCCUUCACGCCCAAUCAAGUCGCCAGAAUGCAUUGCUACCUGGACCUGGUGUACCAGGGCUGGCAGCCCUCCAAGAAGCCGGCGCCGGUCGCCCUGGCUCCCCAGAUUGUGGGCCACACGACUGACUCCGUGACGCUGGAGUGGUUUCCACCCAUCGAUGGCCACUUCUUUGAAAGAGAAUUGGGAUCAGCAUGUGACCUUUGCCUGGAAGGGAGGAUCCUGGUGCAGUAUGCCAUCAAUGCCUCCUCCCCGAUGCCUUGUGGCCCAUCCGGACACUGGAGUCCCCGGGAAGCAGAAGGCCAUCCAGAUGUUGAACAGCCCUGUAAAUCCAGUGUCCGCACCUGGAGCCCAAAUUCAGCUGUCAACCCACACACGGUCCCGCCAGCCUGCCCUGAGCCACAAGGCUGCUACCUUGAACUGGAAUUCCAUUAUCCUUUGGUUCCUGAGUCUCUGACAGUCUGGGUAACCUUUGUCUCCACUGACUGGGACUCUAGUGGGGCUGUCAAUGACAUCAAACUGUUGACUACAAUGGGGAAGAACAUCUCCCUGGGCCCUCAGAAUGUAUUCUGCGAUGUUCCACUGACCAUCAAACUCCGGGAUGUGGGCGAGGAGGUUUAUGGCAUUCAGAUCUACACGUUGGAUGAGCACCUGGAGAUUGAUGCUGCCAUGUUGACCUCCAUUGCAGACAGCCCACUCUGCCUAGCGUGUAAGCCCCUGCAGUACAAAGUGGUCCGGGACCCUCCUCUCCAGGUGGACGUGGCCUCCAAUCUGCAUCUUAAUAGAAGAUUCACAGACAUGGACCUCACUCUUGGCAAUGUGUACCAGUACCGGGUCAUCACCAUUUCCGGAAGUGAGGAAGGCGAGCCAUCGCCUGCUGCUGUAUACACCCAUGGAAGUGGGUACUGUGGCGACGGCAUCAUCCAGAAAGGCCAAGGUGAAGAAUGUGAUGACAUGAAUAAGAUCAAUGGUGAUGGUUGCUCCCUGUUCUGCCAACAGGAAGUUUCCUUCAAUUGCAUUGAUGAACCCAGCCGGUGCUAUUUCCAUGAUGGUGAUGGGGUAUGUGAGGAGUUUGAACAAAAAACAAGCAUCAAGGACUGCGGUGUCUACACACCCCAGGGGUUCCUGGAUCAGUGGGCAUCCAAUGCUUCAGUUUCCCAUCAAAACCAGCAAUGCCCAGGAUGGGUCAUCAUUGGCCAGCCAGCAGCAUCCCAGGUGUGUCGGACCAAGGUGAUUGAUCUCAGUGAAGGCAUCUCCCAGCACGCCUGGUAUCCUUGCACCAUCACCUACCCCUACUCCCAGACCACGUUCUGGCUCCGGGCAUACUUUUCUCAGCCAAUGGUUGCUGCAGCUGUCAUUGUCCACCUGGUGACUGAUGGGACCUACUAUGGGGACCAAAAGCAGGAAACCAUCAGCGUCCAGCUGCUUGACACCAAAGAGCAGAGCCAUGAUCUAGGCCUCCACGUCCUGAGCUGCAGGAACAAUCCCCUGAUUAUCCCUGUGGUCCAUGACCUCAGCCAGCCCUUCUACCACAGCCAGGCGGUGCGAGUGAGCUUCAGCUCACCCCUGCUCGCCAUCUCGGGGGUGGCCCUCCGCUCCUUCGACGGCUUUGACCCCGUCACCCUGAGCAGCUGCCAGAGAGGGGAGACCUACAGCUCUGCAGAACAGAGCUGUGUGCACUUCGCAUGUGAGGCCACUGACUGUCCGGAGCUGGCCGUGGAGAACGCCGCUCUCAACUGCUCCAGCAGUGAUCGCUAUCACGGUGCCCAGUGCACUGUGAGCUGCCGGACAGGCUACAUGCUCCAGAUACGGAGGGACGACGAAUUGAUCAAGAGCCAGAAGAGACCCAGCGUCACAGUGACCUGCACCGAGGGCAAGUGGAACAAGCAGGUGGCAUGUGAGCCCGUGGACUGUGGCGUCCCGGACCAACAUCACGUCUACGCUGCCUCCUUCUCCUGCCUCGAGGGCACCACCUUUGGCAGCAAAUGCUCCUUCCAGUGUCGCCACCCAGCGCAGUUGAAAGGCAACAACAGUGUCCUGACCUGUAUGGAGGACGGGCUGUGGUCCUUCCCCGAGGCCCUGUGCGAGCUAAUGUGUCUGGCUCCACCCUCGGUGCCCAAUGCAGACCUGCAGACCACCAGGUGCCGAGAGAACAAGCACAAGGUGGGCUCUUUCUGCAAGUACAAGUGCAAGCCUGGAUACCACGUGCCAGGCACCUCUCGGAAGUCAAAGAAACGUGCCUUCAAGAUUCAGUGCACCCAAGACGGCAGCUGGCAGGAGGGAGCCUGUGUUCCUGUGACGUGUGACCCGCCUCCACCAAAGUUCCACGGGCUCUACCAGUGCACAGACGGCUUCCAGUUCAACAGCGAGUGUAGGAUCAAGUGUGAAGACAGUGAUGCCGCCCAGGGCCGGGGGAGCAACGUCAUCCACUGUCGGAAAGAUGGAACUUGGAGCGGCUCCUUCCACCUCUGCCAGGAGAUGCAAGGCCAGUGCUCGGCCCCGAACCAGCUUAACAGCAACCUCAAACUGCAGUGUCCUGAAGGCUACGCCAUAGGGUCCGAGUGUGCCACCACCUGCCUGGACCACAACAGCGAGCCUGUUAUCCUGCCCACGAACGUGACCGUCCGUGACAUCCCUCACUGGCUGAAUCCCACGCGGGUGCAGAGAGUCGUCUGCACGGCUGGCCUCAAGUGGUACCCUCAUCCUGCUAUGAUCCACUGUGUCAAAGGCUGUGAGCCCUUCAUGGGAGACAAUUAUUGUGAUGCCAUCAACAACAGAGCCUUCUGCAACUACGAUGGUGGGGACUGCUGCACAUCCACGGUGAAGACCAAAAAGGUCACCCCCUUCCCCAUGUCCUGUGACCUACAAGGUGACUGUGCCUGUCGGGAUCCCCAAGCUCGAGAACACAGCCGGAAAGACCUCCGGGGUUACAGCCACGGCUAA